AAAAUCGCAACCCUAAUUCGCCGUUUUCCUUUGCGCCGCCGAUCUUAUUUGUUCGUCCGUCAUUUUUCUGAAUCUUGAAAAUGGGAGAUCAGCUUACUCCAGAAGAGAUAGAAGAGAUUGUCAAGGCCUUUCAGAACUUGGGAAGAGAAGGAUUGCAAACUACCUCUGAGGCUGCCCAGGAACGAAACUUGUUUGUGAGUAAUCUAAAGCGUCUGAAUGGCAAGUGCUUCCCUUCUAUGCAAGAUUGUUGGAAAUUUGAGUUAGGUGUGAUUGUUGGCCAGCUCUCACUACACCGUCACACAAAAGUCAGAGACCAGGCCAUAAUUGUUAUGAAAGAGCUGGUAAAUAAUACCGAGGAUAACCACCAAGCCUCCGGUUCCAACCCUAAUGUGUGAAAAGUCAUUAGAAUAAUAUGGAAGUAUUAUGUGUCAGUGACUCGAACCCGGAAGAACCAGUUAGAGUAGAAAAUUUCCUAAAAUUUUGUUAUAGUAUGUGUUUUAUUUUGUCUGUUUAUGUGGUUUUCAAAUUCAAUGAUAUAGGAAUAUAUAUGGACAACUGAAAAAUCAAUUUGGAAAAUGUUAAAAGUUUCUCAAAAAUC